AUGGUGUCCUUGAUUUUCCCAUUUCUGAUCCGAGGAGGGAAGCCUACACCAUUGUACUCAUGUGUAAUUGCAUUCAUAUUCUGUACCUAUAAUGGCUACUUACAAAGCAGAUACUUAAGCGAAUAUGCAGUGUAUGCUGUUGACUGGGUCACUGACCCCCGAUUCCUAACAGGUUUUGUCUUGUGGCUGGUAGGCAUGCUGAUAAACAUUCACUCCGAUCACAUCCUGAGGAAUCUCAGGCAGCCAGGGGAGACUGGAUACAAAAUUCCAAGGGGAGGCUUAUUUGAAUACGUAAGUGCAGCCAACUACUUUGGAGAAGUGGUUGAGUGGUGUGGCUAUGGCCUGGCCACCUGGUCUGUUCAAGGCGGGGCUUUCGCUCUGUUUACAUUUUGUGUUUUAUUCACAAGAGCACAACAGCAUCAUCAGUGGUACCUUGAGAAAUUUGAAGAUUAUCCAAAAUCCAGGAAAACUCUAAUUCCAUUUUUGAUUUAAGUCCAUUAUCAGUGGAAUUAUCUUCAACUUGAUGCUUUUUUUAUAAUGUUUCUCUAGGGAUUAUAUAAAUGAAUUAUUUCUUUGUCA